CUCAAGUUGAAGCGUUCGGAUGGACGGAUGGAUGUUGAAACGUGCAAUGAGAACGACAUCUCGCCACGAUCGGACCCGUUAGGUGGCGCAACUGGUGAGAAUACGGAGCCGGCAGCUGCUACGUCCCGUGACGAGAAGUUCAGCCCCUCGAGUCCCGCGAGCGACGUGUCCGACACCGGUGAGGCCCACUCCGGGGACGAAGCGUACACCAGCGACACUUCUAAAGAACAAGAAAAACAUAUCGGCCAACUGCGUUAUCCGUGCGAUUUAUGCGAUAAAGACUUCGUGAACAAGUCAGCUUUGAAGCGACAUCAGCGAGUAAUUCACGCAACAGAAAAAAUGUACACUUGUGAUAAAUGCAACAAAAAAUUUACUAAACAAAAGUAUUUAAAUAAACAUAAAUGCACUUACACUGGUGAGGACUUCGGUUGUAAUGUUUGUGGCAAGAAAUUCACGAAGGAAGGUUAUUUAAAUUUACACAAAGUAAGCCACAAAGGAGAGAAACCAUACAAAUGUGAAAAAUGUAACAGGAGGUUUGCACGCAAAUGUUUUUUGCAACAACAUGAAAAAACUCCAUGUGAAGAAACUUCAUUUACCUGCGAUGUGUGUAACAAGCAAUUUAAUAAAAAAGAGACGCUCAAAAAGCAUAUAUUAAGUCACACUGGAGUAAAACCAUAUGGUUGUAAUGAGUGUGAUAAAAGAUUUUCAGUAAAAUAUAAUUUGAACGCACAUAAGAGAAUGCAUACUGGAGACAAAUAUAGCUGUGAAGUUUGUGACAAACUAUUUCUUACUCAAAACAGCUUGUCAAGACAUAAAAUAACUCAUACAGGGCAAAAGUACGAAUGCACAAUAUGUAACAAACAAUUUACUCAGAACUAUACUCUAAAGGCACAUCAAAAAAUACACACUGGAGAAAAGGUGGCUAGAAAGCCUAAAACACGUUCCUACACUUGUAAAGAUUGUAACAAGUGUUUUUCGAAGGCGGAGUUAGACAGACAUGCGAGAAUACAUACUGGCGAGAGGCCUUUUGCCUGUGAAGCGUGUCAGAAGAAAUUUAAGCAAAAAUGUACAUUAUUGAGACAUAUGGAUACAGUAUGUGUGAAGCAUUUUACAUCAUAAAAUUAUUUUGAGAGAUAUGCAAAAAUUUACUUUUUGCCUUUGAAUUAUGUCCUAAGAAAUUAAAUACCUAAUAACUAAUAA